CUCCUCCUCCUGCUGCGCGGAGGAUGCGCGGGGUCUGCCCGGCGCUCUGCCUGGCGCUGCUGGCGGCGGAGCGCGGAGCGAGGCUCUGCACCAUCAUCCAUUACCUUUCCCGUGGGCAGCUGGGCUGGCUUUGUGCAACCAUCGGCUGCCUGGUACCUGGCUACGUGGCUCAGUUCCUCAGCAUCCUCUGGUUGAAGGCAGAUGGACACCCACCGGGCUGCAGGGUCCUGGUCCUCCACAUCCUACAGUUUGGCCUCUGGAAGCGGUACUGGGAUAUUUUGUGGAUGGAGGUGAAGGCAAACAGCAGUGCAGGUACUGAGGAGAUGCUGAUGUGGCAUGCAGAUGUGUGUGUGCUGCGGCUCCUGGAAGCCUUGCUGCAGAGUCUGCCUCACCUCCUGCUGCAGGUGUAUGCUGUGUUCAGUGAGCCAGCCAGCCUCAUCCCUGCUGUCAGUGCUGGGCUGUCCCUGCUGUCCCUCUCCUGGGCUUUGGUCUCCUACAGCCGCUCCUGCUGCCUGCUGAGACCCGGCCACGUGUGCCUGCCGGCCACAGCCCUGCUCUGCCUUCUGCUCUGGAGGAUGGGGAUGCUGACAAGCAGGGUCCUGGCCCUGGUGCUGUUUGCCAGGCUCUAUUCCUGCUGGGUUCUGGCUGUGGCAGGCACCCACUGGGUGCUGAUGUCCUUCUGGCUGGUGGCCCUGCAGAGUGACAUUGUGGCCCAGCCCUGCCGCUGGAGGCUGUUCAACAUCCUGCUGGGAGCUGUGUACAUCUUCUGCUACAUCAACGUCCAGCCUGGUCCCUCCAAGCACCGCAUGGCUGUGUUCUACGUGGUAAUGCUGACGGAGAACACGUUCCUGCUGCUGCUGGCCACUGAGUUCCUGCAGGCAGAGAUGGGGCACAGGCUGCGUGUGAGCGGGGCUGCCAUGGCGGGGGCUGCCCUGGGUGUUGCAGCCAUGGUGGUUUAUUACAGCCUCCUUCAUCCCAAAUCCUCCAAGAUCAGGCAGGGAGUCCUGGAGAACUCCAGCUGUGCUGCUGGCAAUGACCGGACUGCUGGGAAUAACUCCUGCAUGGGGCAGAGUUGGGGAACUUCGGGAGAUGGAGAGUCCUUGGCUGCAGAAAGGACCACAGUAACUCCCCAAACUGGGAACAACUCAUCGCUCUUCCAGCUCGGAGGGCGUUCGGAGGAUGGAUGGACAAACCACCACCAUUGGCUGCUGGUGAAGCUGGCCUUGAAGACGGGAGACGUGUCAAAGAUCAACGCAGCUUUCGGGGAUGCUGGUGUGGGAGAGCUUCACCCUAAUGGGUUGGCAAUGGGAACACCCCGACCUGAGGUUGAGCCUUCCCUUCCCACAGUGGAAAUCGCUCCUCUGGGAUUGGGAUUGGGUCUACUAGAGGAGAAGUCGGUGGUGGUGAGGAACGGAGGAGGCAGUAAACGUGAAGUCGGUGCUGGAAGGGACAGAGGAGGGCAGGAGGCUGCUGGCCACCCUGACACCCCCUCACCCCACAGAUCCUCUGCAUCCCUACCUGAGGGCUCCUCGGUGUACUUCAGUGCCAGCACAGGUGACAUCACCUCUCCAGGUGCAGUGAUGGUGACAGCCACCUCCAUGGGACCGCUGCAAGGGGACAGCAAAGCCUGCUCUUCCCCAGGAGGCCCGGCAGGAGGAGGGGGAAGAGGAGAAGAUUUAUCCCUUGAGACAGUGAGCAUCAGCCCCAUCCUGGGCUCUUGUGCCCACAGGCAUCUGCAGAGUGGCUGCGGGGUGGCAGGUCCCCCCGAGGAGCUGUGUGUGGGGACAGAGGGAGCCCUUCUGGGGUGGCAUCACCUGCAGGACACCCACCCCUGUGGCACGCAGGGAGCUGCUGGCCUGAGGAGCAAGCUGAGGCCACCACGCUUUACCUCCACUCCCAAGGCUGACUCCAAACGUUCCCAGCGAGGACUGAGGGGUGUUGGAGAGGAGAAGGAUGUGUCUGGGGUGGUGGAGUGACCCUGCGCUGUCACCAUGGGUCAGCAUUGGGGUGGCUGCUUUGCUCAGUGAGAUGCAAUAGGGAUGUUCAUGCUGAGCUCAAAGGCUGUCCCUGUGUGCCCAUGGGGUCCUUUGUCACCAGGAGGUCUCCUCCCCUCCUGGUACUGCUUCUUUUUGUUCUUCUGGAGAGCCUUAGCGGAUGGAAGGGCUGAAAAGCCUGGGUUUAGGUGUUUAUUGUUUACUUAACCCUAUGGGCAGUUGGAACAUCCUGCCUUUCCUGCAUAGGUGGUGAUGUUGGGAAAGGUGGCCUUUAACAAUCACAGAAUCAUAGGAUUGUUUGAGCUGGAAAGGACCCGUAGAGGUCAUCUAGUCCACCUCCAAGUGCCCAGACAAGCUGCUGCCCCAAGCAGGAGCUGCUCAUGACAAACAGGUUCCUAAACCAGAAAUGUGAUGGGUUUUAUUCCCAGACGUUUACUCUGGGGUGGAGCAAGCCCUGCGUUAAGGCUCAGCAGUGCCUGAUCAAUUCUUCUCCCUCCACAGACAGAUGGGACCGCACCGGAAUCCAAUCACUCUACAUAUGGCAGGUGACAACCUCGGGACAUUGAAUUACAGCCAUGAGCCAGGUCUGCUGGCUUCCCCAUGGCUGUGGGGAUUGAGAACUGGUGGGCACUGCCUGCUGCAGGAAAGCCUCCAGCAGGAUGGGCACAGAACCAUAGCAUGGUUUGGGUUGGGAGGGACCUUUAAGAUCACCCAGUUCCAACCCCCUGCUGUAGGCAGGGACGCCUCCCAAUAGACCAGGUUGCUCACAGCCCCAUCCAGCCUGGCCUGGGAUGCCUCCAAGCUGGGAACAUCCACAACCUCACUGGGCCAUCCGUCCCAGUGUCUCACCAAUCUCCCAGUAAAGAAUUUCUCCCCGAGAUCCAGUCUAAAUCUGCCCUCUUCCAGUCUAAAGCCUUUUCCCCUCAUCCCGUCGUGGUAUGAGGAGUGGUUCAACAAAGCUGCCAAGCAGCGCUCGCUGCGCAGAAGGGCCCCAGCCAGACGUGUUCCAUCAGGCUGAGCUGUGCUCUGGAAACCCGGUUGGGCUGUUUGGGACUGCAGCUGCCUUCCAACGUGACAACAGCUCCGUACCUCCGCCCCGGCUCCGGCACAGCUGUAUUUUGCUUUGCUCUGCAGGGAGGAAGCAGUUGCAGCAGCUUUUCCUGAGCCCCCCUCGCUGCGCGCAUGGCACGGAAGGCAGCCGAGCUGCCGGAGCAGCCCUGAAGUUUUGAUGCAGUUUGUUUUCCUUAUCUUUGACAAUAUAGAAUUGGUGCUUUAAGAAGACAAACCAGGCUUCGCCGUGUCGAUGCGUCGUGCCGGGGUGCUCAGUGCCUGCUCGGCAGCACGCAGCCGCUGGGUGUUGCAGUGGGAGAUGUGGGACCUGGCCCUCCUGCUGCUCUGUGCUGCUGCCUGAUUCCAGGUCAUAGAACCAUAGGACGGCCUGGGUUGAAAAGGACCACAGUGAUCAUCUGCUUCCAACCCCCCUGCUAUGUGCAGGGUCGCCAACCAGCAGACCAGGCUGCCCAGAGCCACAUCCAGCCUGGCCUUGAAUGCCUGCAGGGAUGGGGCAUCCACAGCCUCCUUGGGCAACCUGUGCAGCUGUCCCUCCCCAUCUCCUCUGGGGGGGGAACACAAGGCCUCCCAUUAACCUCCUGCACACCCACAGCUUUCUCAAGGAGAGCGAAGAAAUCGCGCUGGGGUUUCUCCCCACAGCUCCCCGCUCCUCAGCCGCCAGAGGGAGGUGGUGCUCAAUGCUGCCGGAGCGCACUUCCAUUUCCACAGGCUGUGUGCCCAUCCCACACCCAGACCGUGGGACGGGGCGGGGGGGGGGUGUGGGACUGCUAAUAGCUGCAGCCCUCCCAGUGGGAACGGGUGAGGGCGAAAUGGGGGGCUCUGGGAUGCUGGAGGAGGCUGAUGCUGUGCACAGUGAGUGCCUGGGUGGAUAGUGAUAGGACAAGGGGGAAUGGAUUUAAACUGAGACGGGGAGGUUUAGGUUGGAUAUGAGGAGGAAAUCUUUCACCCAGAGGGUGGUGAUGCACUGAACAGGUUGCCCAAGGAGGCUGUGGAUGCCCCAUCCCUGCAGGCAUUCAAGGCCAGGCUGGAUGUGGCUCUGGGCAGCCUGGUCUGCUGGUUGGCGACCCUGCACAUAGCGGGGGGUUGAAACCAGAUGAGCAUUGUGGUCCUUUUCAACCCAGGCCAUUCUAUGGUUGGAUUCAUCUAUGGUUGGAUUCAUCAUCCCACCACACUCAGCCUAUGGUUCUCCUAUGCUCCCACCUGCCCUGGAAUAAAGGAUUUCUGCUCAUUUGCCCCUGA